AGAGAGAGAGAGAGGGAGGACAGAGGAGUCCGCGGAGGAGAAAGGAGGACAGAUCGGAGGCAGAAAGCAGGAGGCGCUUCAGUCAGGAGGAUGCUGCUGCUGCUGCUGCUGCUGCGCUCACGUGCCGUGGACCGUCUCUGAUCCAGACCGCGACGAUCCACCUCGGGCCCCCCCUACCCCCCCACCCCCACCCACCCCCCCCAACACACACACACACACACACACACACACACCUGACCGACUGACCACGGACCAGGAGGAUCCCCGGUUUCUCCUCCUCACACUCAUCCGCACAUCCUCUCCUGUCAGCGGACCGGCUCGUGUCGCCAUGCCGCCGGCCGCCUGCUCGCUCGGGUACCGACUCCGCGACACCUUGCCCGCGGUGCUGUGGAUCGGGCUGUUGUGGAGCAGCGUCUCAGCGGGAGAUAAAGAAGUCCCCACAGCCGCCCCCUUUACCCCGUCUCCUGUGGCGACGCCAGGGAGCACAAAGGGAAACAGCCCCAAAGGCAAAAGCUCAAGCGUCGUGGCCGGAGGUUUGCUACAGUCAGUGCUGGCUCAAAAGGAACGACUUGUCUCCCAGAGAGGGGAGAUCCUCCCCUCUGCUCUGCCCCAGAACCUGCUCCCUCUUCUGGGCAGAGGACUCAGCAUCGGCUCCCUCCCCGGAAGUCACUCCCUGGAGCAUCAGAGUGGGGGAUUACUGAGGAGGGUAAAACCCCCGGCAUCAGCUGCAGUGUCAGGCCGGGGCAGCGAUCCAACCGAACCUCCUCCUACAGACACACACUCCCAGCUGCCUCACACACAGACACACACUCCUGAGCAGGAGGCUGAGGUCACCACUGUGAUGCUGGACGGGGACACUGACACGGGGACACCCUCCUCAGCUGUGCAGAGCUGCAUGGUGAAUUUCUCCGACGCAGAGGGAUACAUAGACUCUUCUGAUGACCCCCCUCUGCCCGACGGCACCUUCCUUCACUGCACCUACACGGUGACCGUGUACACCGGCUACGGGGUGGAGCUGCAGGUGAAGAGUGUGAACCUGUCGGAGGGCGAGCAGCUGUCCAUCAGGGGCGUAGACGACCGAGGGUCCCUGCUGGUCCUGGCCAACCAGACGCUGCUGGUUGAAGGUCAGGUGAUCCGCAGUCCCACCAACACCCUGUCCGUCUACUACCGCUCCACACCGGAGGGAAGCAUGGGCAUCUUCCAGCUGCACUAUCAGAUCUUCAGGCUGAGCUGUCCUCUCCCCAAGAGGCCUCACUUUGGGGAGGUGUCCGUGCUGGACCUGCUCCCUGGAGGCACUGCCCGCUUCCACUGCCACAUGGGUUACCACCUGCAGGGGGAGCCGCUGCUCACCUGCAUCAACGCCUCCCUGCCGGCGUGGAGCGGCAAGGAGCCCAGCUGCAGGGCUCUUUGUGGAGGGACAGUGAAGAACGCCACAGUGGGGAGGGUGUUGUCCCCUUCUCCCCACCACGGGCCGAACGCCACCCAGGACUGCUCCUGCUCCUGGUCCCUGGAGGCCCCCAAGGACCAGAGGCUGCAUCUGCAUCUGGAGAGACUGGCCUUGGGACCCACUGACAGGCUGGUGUUGUGGAGCGGGCUGGACGCCGGCUCUGUGGUGCUGUUCGACUCGGGCCGGGGCGGACAGAUCCCCUUCGAGGGAGUGAUCAGCGAGGGUCCAGCUGUGAGGAUCCAGUUCAUCACCGAUCAGCCGAACCACAACACGGGAUUCAACAUCCGCUAUGAAGCUUUCGAGCGCGGCCACUGCUACGAGCCGUACCUGCAGAACGGAAACUUCACCACCUCCGACCCCAUGUACGGGGUUGGAGCUGUGGUCCAGUUCACCUGUGAUCCGGGCCACUCGCUGGAGCAAGGCCCUCCUGUUAUCGAGUGCAUCAGCGCAAGGGAUCCUUACUGGAACGACACAGAGCCGCUGUGCAAAGCGCAGUGUGGAGGAGACCUGACCGGUCCUGGGGGGGUGAUCCUGUCUCCGAACUGGCCCGAGUGGUACGGAGAGGGGGAGGACUGCAGCUGGAGGAUACAUGUCGGGGAGGACAAACGAGUGCUGCUCGAUGUGCAACUACUGAACAUCAGCGACAGUGACAUGUUGACCAUCACCGACGGCGACGAGGUCACGACACGUAUCCUGGGUCGGUACGUCGGAGGAAGCAGCCCCUUCAAGCUCUCCUCCACCACCCCUGACCUGACUGUCACCUUCCACUCCGACCCGGCGGGGCUCGUCUUCGGCAAGGGCGAGGGCUUCAUCAUCAACUACAUGGAGGUGUCCCGGAACGACUCCUGUCCAGACCUGCCCGAGAUCCAGAACGGCUGGAAGACCACGUCCCAUGUUGCGCUGGUGCGCGGGGCUCGUAUCACCUACCAGUGCGAUCCCGGUUACGACCUGGUGGGACGGGAGACCCUCACCUGUCAGUUAGACCUGUCCUGGAGCUCACAGCCCCCGUUCUGUGAAAAGAUCAUGUACUGUUCGGAUCCGGGCCACGUGGAGCACUCCACCAGGUCCCUGUCGGAUCCUAAACUCCUGGUGGGCACCACCAUUCAGUACAGCUGCAACGCCGGCUUCAUCCUGCAGGGCGGCGCCACCAUCACCUGCUACGGCCGCGAGCCGGGGACCCCCGUGUGGACGUCUCGGCUCCCUCACUGUGUCUCUGAGGAUUCGGUUUCCUGUGAAAACCCCGGUCUCCCUGACAACGGCUACCAGAUCCUAUCCAAGAGGCUUUACCUGCCUGGCGAGUCACUCACCUUUGUCUGUUACCAAGGUUACGAGCUCAUUGGAGAGGUGGCAAUUAAAUGCAUCCUAGGAAACCCGUCCUUUUGGAGCGGCCCACUUCCUCUGUGCAGGGCCAACCAUGACUGCUUUGGCAACCAUGCUUUGGAAGUUGCAGAGGCGACGGCGGGCUCCACUCUGGAUGGCGGGAACAUCGCUCUGGCCAUCUUCAUCCUGGUCCUGCUGCUGUCCGUGCUGCUGGGAGGAGCUUACGUCUACGUCACGCGGUGCCGAUAUCACUCCAACUUAAGGCUGCCUCUCAUCUACCCCCACCCUUACCGACAGAUCACUGUAGAGACAGAGUUUGACAACCCGCUCUAUGAGACAGGAGGGCAGGACACUCGUGAAUAUGAAGUAUCGAUAUGAGAAGCCUCACAAAAGACAUUUCUGAACCACAAACCGACCGCCUCGUCCUAACUCUUCAUCCUCUCCUCCCUCCUUCUCCGCCCAGGAGGAGGCGAUGUAAAUACAAAUAGAUGAUGAUGUCCAGCCCCUUCUGCCAUGAGACGCAGCGGUUGAUCCCUGUUCUCUCCUCCUUUGACGUGACAGCUUCUGAAGACAUGAUGGGAAACGGGAGAGGAGAUAGACACACAGACAGACAGACAGACCUGUAUGCAUCAGAGUCGCCGGGAGGUGAUUGGAGAUGUAGGACGGAGAGAAAAGACCCGAAGAUCAUCUGAGAACAUCGAACAUGGUGAGAAAAGAGGAACGUGUUGGGUGUGAAAUGGGACAAAAAGGAGUGAAGGAGGGGAGAAGGGGAAGGAGUCGGGGGACAGGACGCAGGGGGAGGGAUGUGGAAUGAAGCACUUUUUAGUAUUUUUGUGAAACAUUUAACGAAAGAAUCCAAGAACACGUCAGUUAAAGUUAUAAUCCUUAAGAUUUUCACAAAAUCAGACGCCAUUUUUGAUACAGUCUCAUUCAUUUCAGCCAAAUGUGGAGCAAACGUUAAACAAGUUUAAGAAAAAAAAGCACAUCAAUGCGCAUUUCCAUCCGCUCCUGUUAUGUGAAUAUUAGCAGGUGGUUGAUGGAGAUAAGCAGCAGGUGGAGCUGAAUCUCCAGUCGCUGCCAUUAAACCACCGAAGAAGAAGAUGAGGUGAUUAUAAGAUGGUGAUGAUGAUGGAGAUCUGACAUUUCACUCCACACUCAGCUGAUGUUUUGUUUUUAUCAGUGCACCUUAUCAACCCUAAAAACAUUAAUGAUAGUUUGAUUUUUUUUGGUUUCCACUCAAGUUUUUUUUAUAAAUGCUCAAAUUGAAAAUAUGCACAUGCAACACACACACACUCACACACACACACACACACACACACACACUGAUAUCAGCCUCACUGUUUACUGUUCACUCUCCUGCAGCUGGUUCCGAGAGUCCAACAAGCCAAACACAGGGUGGCUUUUAUUGUGAAGGAGCCACAGGAAAUGUAGUGUAUUUGUCGCAGAGGUUAUCGCACACUGUGAUCCUUCAACAAAUAGUCAUUUUCAGUAUUUUAUAUUUUAUCAGUUUUAAUAUGUCGGGGAGUAACGAGAGGCUCCUCAGACACAUACAGUGUUUGUCCCGUGUGCAACGUGACAUAAGAUAAUAUAUAUAGUUGUUUGGCUGCACUGUAAACAGACACCAGACGCUCGUCCUGUCGUAUUCAGACAGAACGUGAAGUGAAACUUUGACGUCUCUGACCAUCAGACUGUUUCCCUGUUGUUUCCCUCUCUCGUCUGUCUUUGUACAGAUUCAUAAAGUGCAGAUUUACGCUCUAAAUUUUUCAAGUUAAAUCAUUUCUCCUCCACUGCAGAUGAAUCUUUGCAUCAGUUUGAGUUUUCCUGAGUGAGUUCGUGUCUCCUCGUGUCUUUCCACUGACUUUGUCGCAGUCGCCGCCUCUAAAUUUCACCUGGCGCCGUGUCUGAAGCUUUGAUGUAAAAUAGGAAGUGGACGCUGUUUGACGCCGACUCAGGCUUCCAGGUUUUUCUUCCGCUCAUUAGACUACACAUUGCGAUGACGUCACGCACUUUAAAAUCACUUUUUCUAAACUCUGAGAAAAUUUUACAAACAUAAAACAUCCAUGGAUUCAAAAUCAAUAAUCCAAAUCAAUCAAUAAUUGACCCUGCAGACCAGCAACGGACUGCAGAUGGUGGUCCAUGGGAAAAAGCUUUUCUGGCUGCAGUGGAUUUUUACGUAAGUGACCACUGGAACAAAUUAACACCAAUUAACGGGCGAGUGGUUGCUCCCCGUAUCCAGCUCUUCUUCUGAACACACAGUGAAACCACACUUGUUGUUGCCACGGUAACUGCACGGGUCACCAUAUCAACCAGGACAGAAAUCUUAAGGAUUGCAGCUUUAAGAGUCUUGGGGAAAAAAUUGGCAGGUAGAGCGGAUGAGGUGUUUUUUUUUUGUUUUUUUUAGUUUCUGUUUACUUCUUCACAUGAGUCACCCUCCUCGCCACAACAUGAUAAUCACAGGGCGGAAAUAAUGGUCAGAGGAUUAUUCUCCUCCUAAUCAGUGUGACACAGGAAGUGUGUCUGUCUCCUGUCCCUGAACUCCCCCCCCCCCCCCCCCCCGCCUGCAGUCACCUUCGAGGCUUUUUACUUUUUACUCCGGCCGCUCCGCCUCUGGCUUUAGCUGUAGUUCAUUGGUAUUUAAAUCUGUGACUUUGGGGCCAGUGCAGUACUGUUGUCUUAUUCCUCUCACAUGUAGUUAGACCGAUGACUGUCGUAGACUGGCCUCAGAGUCCCCAGGUGUGGACCGGCUGAAGACUGAAAAGGAAAAAUGAAAAACAUGCGUUGUUGCAGAUGUGGAGGUCGCCAUGUGAAUAGCAUAGCUGUAGUCAACCGACUGGUCUUUGAGUGCAAGCUCAAUCAACCCACCAGAUGAUGUAUUUAUUUUGAUGUACUGUACAUGUGAUGUUUUAUGCAGAUUGAUAAAUGUACAUUUUCAUUAUGAAGAAGACAAAUGUUGACAGUUUCCCUAAAUAAAUGGUAAAACUCGAAUAAAAAGUACAAAAGAUUCUUUUUAAAUA